AGUUGGCAACAACAACUUAGAAAAAUGGCAGCCGUCAAAAAGAAAGUAGUUACAAAAGAUGAUUUGCGACGAUUUAUGAAGGAAAAACAGACUGUCGUAAAAGGAACUGUUAAAAAGAUUGAGCAUCCAUUGGCUAAGUAUAACAGUCUCAAUCAACUUAUGUGUGUACUUUGUAACAGCAUUGUUAAAAAUGAUCUCCUUUGGUCUGCUCAUAUUUUGAGCAAGCAACAUAAAGAGCGUGUCUCUGAGCUGAAAACACAGGGUCCAGCCAAACCAGAUACUUCAGUGAAAGCUAAGCGGAAAGGUGAUGAUGACCUACAGACAAGCACCAAGAAACUGAAAACUGGCUCUGCUGAAGUGGAAAUUGUUUCCAACAAAGCUGUUCAAAGUGAUACAAAAGAACGGGCAAAAGCAGCAUUGUUGGCAGGCUAUUCAUCAUCAUCAUCAUCUUCAGAUGAGAGUGACACUAAUGAUGAUAAGGAAACUACACAAAACUCUACAGAUUCACCAACAAAAUCAUCUCGACUAUCAACAGCUAAGACUGACCUUCCUGAUGAUUUCUUUGACCACGAUGCUGAGACUGAACAGGCCCACAGUAAGAAGAUGUCAGAAGUACUUCCUGAAGGAUUCUUUGACGACCCAAAACUAGAUGCAAAGGUGAGAAAUGUUGAGUACAAAGACAAAGAUGAAGAACAAUGGGACCUGUUUCAGAAGGCAAUCAAAGAAGAGGCGCAGGUAUCUGAAGUGAUCAUGGAAGAGGAAGAUGAACAAGUCAAUAUUGAUAGAAACAUUGAUGAGAUAGAUGAUCAGAUUCAUCGUUGGCAGGAAGUUGAGAAUCUGCAUGUGAAAAAAGAAACCAUUGCAAAAAGUUGUAAACCUGAUGGUUCCAAAGACAAUGUUGAUGAUGAGGUGGAUGAUGAAGAGCUUGAUUCCUUGUUAAAUUGGAGAGCGAAAAAAUCUUUGAACUAGUUCUUGAUGGAUGGAAUGUUUUUUUUCCCCAUGAUGUAAAUAAUGUUUGAAGGAUGCUGCAAAGAGCCAUUUAUGUCGGCUUUUAUCUUCUGUUCAAAAUAUUGAAUCAUACUAUGUCUUGUUGAUAUAACCAGGCAAAGACUUUUUGCCUGUUGAAAAUAGGUUUUUUAUUUAAUAGGUUUCCCUUUCAUACCAGAUGGUAUAUUGAUUAGACCCUGAUAAACUUUGAAAAUGAUUUGAAUUCACAAAUUACCAACUCAUCAACACUAGUGAAAAGCAUGUAGAUAUUUAACCUGUUGUUUUCUUAUCCCAUGGAAACCAAGUAGGUUUUAAAUGUUUGCUUGUGCAUUCUGCAUUGGUUUUAUUUUCAAAAUACAGGCCUGGGGGGGAUUAUUAUUAUUAUAGCUUUUAUAUAGCACUACUUUCAUGCUUAUAGCAUGCUCAGAGCGCUUUUGGUCCAAGCUCAUUUGUGGACCUGGGGGGGGGGGGGUAUCUAGGAGUUGGUUUUCCGUGCUGCCUUUAGGCGCUCAGUAAACGCAACUCUGCCCGAGUCGGGUGUCGAACCUCGAGCCCCCUUCUAUGUAGCCAAGUUCAAGCGCACUUGGCCUCUCGCCCACGCUUCCCACAACUCUCUGACACAAUGAGUUGUAAAAAACAAACAGGUUGUAUUUGUAAUGUAUUGUAAAAUGUAUCUAUUAUUGUAUUCAUACUUAAGAAACUUUUCAUUCCUUAUUGAAAAUGACGAGUUACAUUUGCUAUGUAGACAAAGAUAUUUGUGAAGCCAACCUUUGCCUUGAAAACUUUAUUACAAUGAAGUUUGUUUAGGUUGGGCCUGAGUUAGCUUUUGUAUAUAAUUUCCAAGUUAAAUCUGACCUCAUUAUAAUAUUCUUACAUAUGAACUAGUUUAAAAAGACAUCAGUUCUUGUUCAUUGAUUUUGUUACACCCAUCACACAUCAACAUUGUUUUUGCAAAUAAAAAUUUAAUUCAAUUUUU